AUCCUCGCGCCCAAGGAGGAGGACAUCCAGAAGAUGCUGAGCGCCCAGUGCCACAUCGGCACGCGCAACAGCGACCACAUGAUGGAGGAGUACAUCUGGCGCCGCCGCCAGGACGGCAUCCACAUCAUCAACGUGGGCAAGACGUGGGAGAAGCUCAUGCUCGCGGCCCGCGUGCUCACGGCCAUCGAGAACCCCCAGGACAUCAUCGCCAUCUCGGCGCGCCCCUACGGCCAGCGCGCGGUCCUCAAAUUCGCGCAGUACACGGGCGCGGCGUCGAUCGCGGGCCGGUUCACGCCGGGCACGUUCACGAACCAGAUCACGAAGCAGUUCAAGGAGCCGCGCAUCCUCGUCAUCACGGACCCGCGCACGGACUCCCAGGCCGUCAAGGAGGCCUCCUACGUGAACCUGCCCGUCAUCGCGUUCUGCGACUCGGACUCGCCGUGCCAGCACGUCGACGUCGCGAUCCCGUCGAACAACAAGGGCAAGCUCUCCAUCGGCCUCCUCUACUGGCUCCUCGCCCGCGAGAUGCUCCGCAUGCGCGGCACGGUGGCCCGCCACGCGCCCUGGGACGUGCCCGUCGACCUCUUCUUCUACCGCGACCCCGAGGAGCUCGAGAAGGCCGACGAGGCCCAGGCCUUCGCGGCCGAGCAGGAGGGC